AUGGCAGCAAAAGGAAGAAGACUUGUUAGAAAAAGCAAAGUAGCCACAAAAGGGACCAAGAAGGCACCCGUGAAGCCAGCUGCUAAAAAAGUGAGCAAAGCUAAAAAAGCUAGCAUACAGAAAGAUGAAAAACCUGCAAAAGCAGUUGAGGAUGAGCUAGAUAAAGAUAAGAUUGAACUCGGAGAUGAUUCAACUGCUGAAAGUGGCUCAGAUGAAGACGAUGAGGAGGAAAAAGGCCUCUCGGAUAUCGAGCAAGAACUCCAGGAGGAAAUGGAAAGUAAAAAUUCAAAAACUACAACAACAAAGAAAGGAGUUUACAAAUUAACAAAGCCUACAGCCAAAGGGAAAAGCGCAAGAAAUGGCCAAGAGCAGAAGAAGUUUGGCAAAAGAGGCGUGAUAUAUAUUGGCCGUAUACCGCAUGGAUUUUAUGAGGAUGAGCUUAGGAAGUAUUUCAGCCAGUUUGGAGAAAUUACAAGACUCAGACUCUCAAGAAACAGAAAGACUGGAAAUUCGAAACAUUACGGGUUUAUUGAAUUCUCUGAUCCAGAAGUGGCUUCCAUUGCAGCCGAGACAAUGAAUAAUUACUUGUUAUUUGGCCAUAUUCUCAAAUGUGCGGUUAUUCCACCAGAAAAGAUCCACGAUGAGCUUUUCAACGGUGCCAACACCAAGUUUACGGUUGUGCCAUGGAAGGAGUUGAGUGAAAAGAAGAACGAUAUGCCUAAAACAGCAGAAAAGUGGGCUGAACUAGAAAAGAGGGCAGAUGAUCACCUAAAGCAGAAGCAGGAGAAGCUUAAGGAAGCUGGCAUUGAUUUUGAUCUUAGCGCUCUAUAG